AUUCCCUGUCCAAUUGAUCUCCCUUGCUCUGGUAGAUAGACUGGAAAUAAAAAAAUCUCUGCGUCAUAAAUAAUUAGCGUUGCUAGAAUUCAGCGGAGUGCAAGCCGUUCAAGUCCUUGGGAUUCAUGUUUGACGCAAUAGCUGGUGCUGAGUUACAUGAGUCGGGAUUCAGUCGGUGACUCGAUGGGACACAACAGAGAUUAACAAUAUCAUCCUGAUCGAAUAAAGUCUGCUCUCACAUCGAUUACUGCCCUGAUAUUGCCUCGUUGUUGAAUGAAGGGACUUUGCCAGUUCACAGUGUGUGGAUACAUCGGUACGAAUCCCAAAGUGUGUUGCAAUUCCCCAAGAAGUGUGCAGAAGGAUUUUUACGAACCGAGGGCGUUAGAUCCCACACCGGAAUGCGGAAAAACAUUAAUGAGGAGCAAUGUUAUCACAAUUGGAUCAUUUCCGUUCCUCGCGAGAAUUGGAUUCAUUAAUUUGAGCGAUGGGAAUUUGGAAUAUCCAUGCACUGGUAGCAUCAUCAAUGAGAGAACCAUUCUGACGACUGCCACGUGUGCACUAGCCACUUCAGACGAGCAUAAAUUACAUUCAGUAAUGCUAGGGGAUUUCGACACAUCCCAGAAUCCAGACUGCAAUCCCCUGUUCUGCGCCCACUGCGCUACGUCCUACAAUAUUUCAUUCGUCGUGAAGCAUCCGAAUUUCGAAGCUGAGAAAUUCGAGCGCAACAUCGCUCUAAUCAGACUCGAUGAGUCAAUCAUCUUCACACUGACUAUUCAACCAAUUUGCUACUCGGAUCAUCCGUACAUAACAGUGGGGAGUCAAUCAGCCUUAAUUGGAUGGGGAAGUGUGUCAAACGAUAAAGAACAGUCGCCGCCAGUUCAACAAUCACUUCCAAUGCGACUCCUACCACUCCAAGACUGCGCUGAAUUUGUUAAUCAAGGGAUGAGCGUGGAAAUGUGCGCAAUUGGCAGACAAGACCCGUGCUCUGGAUUCAGUGGUAGUCCUUUGAUAAGACGCAAUGGAAUUGGUUACUCAGUGAUUGGGAUCUUGUCUUUCGGUGCUACGUGUGAAGCCACGAAGAAUUCACCCUCAGUCUUCAUCAACGUCCAGAAAUACGCAAGGUGGAUUACAGAAAAUUCAUGAUUGCUUUAUGAAUUAUUUAAUAUAA